AUGUUUAGUAAAAGGGAGAAAAGAAAUAUAUUAAAUUUUUUUAUAAAAACUUUUACAUUUAUCCUUUUAAUUUGGAUAUUACAAUGUUCUAAUAAUUGGAAAUUUUUUAAAUCACUGAGUUAUAAAAAUGAUUUAAAGAACACACUAAAUUUAGGAGUUAAAAGAACUUUAGCACAAAAAGAUAUAACAAAAGAAACAAGCGAAAAGCCAAAAUUCUGUGAUCUGGGAAUAAUAGAAACCAACAUAGAAUCAAGGAGCGAUCAAAGAAAAAUAGGAAAGAAAAUAGAUAUAGAACAAGUAGAUGAAAAAGAUAUGGAACAAGGAAAUGAAAUAGAGACAAAAGAUGAAAAUAAAAAAGUAAAAUUGAAUGAGAGAAUUUUAGGAAAAUGCAAAGAUAAUUUAAAGCUAUUUUCCUCAUCUUUUGCUAUUUUCCUAUCAAUUUUUUCAUUAAUAUAUAAUAAAAUGCCAAUAGAUAUAUAUAUUAUAUUGCCAUAUCUUGAUGUAGUGCUUAUGACUUUAUCUCUUCUAAUAAUUUCAAUUAUUUUAAUACAAGAACGAAUUGAAAUAAAAUAUAAAAAUAAAUUUUAA